UAUAUAAAGACAUGCGUGGUCACUGCAAAUCCGCACGCAUAGCUAGCUACUAGAAAUGGGCAAAAACGACGAAAUUCGCAUACGACGACUAAUUGCCAUGCCACACAUAGUAGUAGUUGUGCUAUGCUGGUUUCUUCAUGCUCCUGCAGCAGCGGCGACACUUUCUGAUCUGGCAGUGCCGGCUACGCCGGCGCCGGCGCCGGUGCCGGCGGCGUGCCCGAGCAAGUGCGGCAACGUGGAGAUCCCCUACCCAUUCGGCAUCGGCGUCGACUGCGCCUGGCCGGGCUUCACCAUCAAAUGCAACCAUAGCUUUAGCCCUCCCAGGCCGUACACGGGCACCAUAGAGAUCAAGGACAUCUCGCUGGAGGCAGGGGAGAUGCGCGUCUACACUCAUGUGGCCCACCAAUGCUACGACUCAUCACACCACGAGGAGCACGUCUCCACGCGGUUGAAGCUCCAUGGCAAAUCUCGCUUGUCGCGGAAAAGGAACGAGUUCACGGCGAUCGGCUGCAACACGGUAGCGUUUCUGAUUGGCAGGAAGAAAGGGAGCUACUCGACCGGAUGCAUCUCGACGUGCGCGAGCUUGGAUAAGGCCGCCCACGACGGUGACCCAUGUACGGGGCUGGGUUGCUGCCAGGUGCCUUCCAUCCCGCCCAACCUUAGUGUCUUAAAUAUUUCCUGGGGUGACGGCUUCGACGACGACCUCGUGCGGGCAGACAGCCCCUGCAGCUACGCCUUCGUUGCCGAGAAAGGCUGGUACAAUUUCACCAGGAAAGAUUUCAGUCGUGCCGGCAGUAAGAGGUUUGGACACCGGAAUGGGAAGAACAUGGUCCCAACGGUGCUUGAUUGGGCCAUCAGGAAAAAUGGAUCGUGCCCAUCAGCUGCAAGAUCAGCUGCAGGACAGGUAGCUCCUGCCUGUGUCAGCGCAAACAGUAAGUGCGUCAAUGUCACCAACGGGAAUGGAUACCUCUGCAAGUGCUCCGAGGGAUACGCCGGCAAUCCCUAUGUUACCGGCAACGACGGAUGCACAAAUAUUAAUGAGUGUGAGCUUAGGAAAGCUGAUCCCGCCAAGUACGAGAAACUCUAUCCUUGUUACCGUGGUAGCAGAUGCAUCGACACAGUUGGUGGUUAUGACUGCAAAUGCCGCUUUGGACUUAAAGGGAAUGGUAAAACCAGUGACCAGGGAUGCAGGCCCAUGAUUCCAGCACCUAUCGUAGCGAUACUUGCCACGGUUUGCGCGGUGAUUGCUUUUCUUGCUCUUUUGUUCUUGCAAAAGAAAUGGAGGCGUAGAUGGUUCUUUGAUAAUAACGGUGGCCGGCUGCUUGAGGGUAUGGGCAUUACUAUAUUCACGGAGAAGGAGCUGGACAGUAUAACAAAAGGGAAGUGCACCAAGAUUGGGCAGGGUGCCUUUGGUGAAGUCUACAUGGGAACCUACAAAGACCAGCAGGUCGCCGUCAAAUACUCCAUCGCAAAGGGUGCAACACGAACACAAAAUGCUUUUCGUUGGCCAAAAUUUCUCGUUCCAACAAAAGUUCCAUCAUCGCGAGCGCGUGGCCAAGAAUUUGUUGAUGAGUUAAGGAUCCAAUCACUUAUUAGGCAUGUGAACGUGGUUCGUCUCAUAGGAUGUUGCCUACAGACAAAGGUCCCCAUGCUGGUCUUUGAGUUCAUCCCCCAGGGGAGCCUCGAGAAAAAACUACACGGAUUCGAGCGGCAAACUCUCUCGCUACUAAAUCGCCUUGACAUUGCCAUUGGUUCCGCAGAGGCUCUCUCCUAUAUGCACUCAUCUGGCCUCCAAAGCGUUGUUCAUGGAGAUGUCAAGCCAGCCAACAUCCUUCUUGAUGACAACCUUAUCCCUAAGGUCUCCGACUUUGGGUCAUCUGAGCUCGCAUUGAAAAUGAAGCAUGUGUGUGCUGAUAUGAACUAUGUCGACCCUGUAUGCAUACAAACGGGCAAGUACUGUACUAUGGAGAGCGAUGUCUAUAGUUACGGGGUCGUGCUCCUGGAGCUCAUCACCCGGAAAAAGGCCAAGUACGACGAUGGGAGAAGCCUCCCAAUAGAAUUUGUCAACCGGUACAAAGACAACAACGAAAGGAGGAAGAUGUAUGACCAGGACAUGUUGUCGUCUACAGAUGCACUGUAUCCUUACUGCAUGGAGUGCCUUGACAGGAUGGCGGCCGUCGCGGUCCGGUGUCUCAAAAACAAGGUGGAGAAGAGACCAACCAUGGCGGAUGUUGUCAAGGAGCUUAAGCAGUUGAGAGAGCAAAUAUGCACGCGUGUGUCGUCCUAGAUGAUCGAUUUACACGUACGCCGACUGGAUGAAUGCAAGCCCGAUCUUCAGGUUCUCGGUCAGUUGGUCCGUCGAUGACUUUGCUAGCUUGUUGCCUCUCGUUACCCAGCACAGCAGAUAUCACGCACGUUGGUUUGAGUUUGCGUGACGCCGCAUUGUAGUAUUAAUUACACCGUUUCUAUUGUUACCGUUGCAGUGUUUAUUGUAGUGUCUUUUGUUUACAUGUAAUACUAAUAAUUUCUCGCUCAAGAAUUGUCACUAAUACUAUAUCUUGUGAUGACUUAUAACAUUUUAGCACUAAUGAUUGAUAUUACAGUGGCAAAAACCUUAUUUUAUCAUUACAAAUACGAUAAACAGUGACGAAACAAAGCUUCGUCACAUAAUUUUGACACAAGCAAUGAACUCCUGUAGUGUUUAAUUAUGUGCAUGUUACUCAAGUUAAUUCGUCCACAUUAAUUAUUCUCUCUCUCUAGCUAGCUUAUUAUUCUUUGACCGACUGUUAAUCGAUAGAAACUAAUACAUUCAAUGCACAAACAUUGAUAUUUAGUUUUUGUUAUUUUCUUCCGUUCGUUUGUUUUGUCUGAUCGACUCACUCCACUAUUUUUAAAAAAAUAAAAUACAUUUUGAUAUAUUUUAAUAAUAAAAUAUAAAAAUAUAUGUGCUAUUAUAUAAAAAAAAAUAUAACGAUACUAGCCACGCAAUCUUAAAAAACAGCUCCUGAAUUUUUCAGACCGCUUCGAUUCGUCGGCCCUGAGGCCGUUUUUUACUCCUGAAUUAUUUGGGCCGUCAUCUCAUGUGCCGUUAUAAAGGCCCAGUGCCUGAUUGCUCUCGGGGCCGGCCCAUGUAAAUCUUCUAGCGAGUUAUAUGCAGCAUCAUGCUGAUUGAUAUUUGUACAAACAUUACUAUAAAGAAGAAUUUUACCGUUAUUAGAAAAGUACAUCAAGGUAUCUAAAUUAUACCUUGAGAUACUUAGUACCUAAAGAUACCAAAUUUUACAUUAGAAAAUAUGGUAUCUCUUGGUAUCUUCUUAAGGAUGGUAAAAUUACCAAUUUAACAUCAUAACAUGUAUUUCUGUCACGCAAUCAUGUAAGAGUUUCUUGCCUUGCCCAUCAGAAUAGAUUUCUUGCGACUGAAAUGGUUUAGCCUUUUUUUUUUUUGAACGCAAGAAAUGGUUUCACUGUCAAAUUUACCUUAUUCGCUCUAGUGCAGACGCCAUGGAUCGAACUGUAGAGCAGCUUGUCAACAAGU